CCCUGAGAGCUCAGUAUCCGCCGGACCGUCGCGUGGUUCGAUGUCGUGCACGCGCCACGACCGGUGCCUCGUCUCGGAGUAGAAAGAAAGUGUUUCUUUCCCGUCCUUUUUUCCCCAUUUUCCUGUCUCCACCGAGUUGUUGUUGUUUCGCAGCCGUUCGAGAUAUCGUAUUUCACUGUUUUCGGGCCGGCCAGAUCUCUCUGUGGGCACGCGUGACCUUUGUAAAAAUAGUGAUUCGUUCCUUCCUUUCGAGAGUAGAUAGAGAAGGAGAAAGAUCUCUGGCCUAGGGUUUCUCUCGCGUUGCAUCGAACAUGGGGAGACUCGACUCGUUCAGAUGCAGUUUGGGAUUACUGUCGAUCGUAACUUUUACGACGCUAGUGGCGAUCGCGUCGACGACAGUUCAUCAAUUCGAUAUUUCAGAUUAUCUGUACGGGAUAGAUCACGAUUUACAGGCAAGAGCACGUGCAGGAAUCGAGGCCGAAAGAUUUACCUAUCAAACGAAGGCUAGGUAUCAAAAUACGAAAGACGCGCCUUGCAGAAUCAAAGGGGACAGGCCUUGCCCGCCAAGCAAGUAUAGGACACCUUCCGGCACGUGCAACAACGUCAGGCAUCCUGUUUGGGGUGCUCGCAGCGCGCCCUUUUUGAAAAUGUUGCCACCGGCGUACUCGGACGAUGUCGCCAGUCCUCGCCAGUCGGUAGGAAAUCACGUGCUUCCGACACCUACGAAAGUAGUGUCGUCACUGCUCAACCAUUUACGCCCCUCUCCGGAGGCUCACGAGGGUCUGACCAGUUUAUCGGGAAUAUGGUCCGAACUAAUAUUCAACGACAUCGCAUCCGUCGUCUAUCCAUCCCACAAACUGGAGCUAUGUUGUUCCGGGAAAGCGAAGCAUCCAGAAUGUUACGACAUCCGCGACGAGCAAGAUGGAUGUAUAGGUUAUUGGCGGUCUGUACCGACUCUCUCUGUGCACAAGUGUAACUUCGAAGGCAGGGAACAGAUGAACGGUGCAUCGGCGUAUUUGGACGGUUCUCACAUUUAUGGAUCCACCGACGAACAGCUGCACCGAAUCAGAACGUACAAUCGAGGAAGGGUCGACAUUUCUGCCUGCCAAGUGUGCAACAGUACCAGGGACAAGCCUCUUGGAAUGGUGUACGCUGCCUUUUUGAGCGAGCACAAUCGCAUAGCGGAGGCGUUGGCCGACGCCAACGAGCAUUGGGACGACACUAAGUUAUUCUUGGAAGCUCGACGAUUGGUCAUGGCGCAAAUUCAACACGUCACUUUGAACGAAUACGUACCGAGUAUUCUCGGGGAGGGUGCUCGAACGGAUCCGGAAUUAAUGCCCGUUUCGAGCGGGUUCUACAACGGUUACUCGUCCUCCAACGUAGGGGGGACGUACGAUGCUGUCGCGCUGGCGGCUCUGCGCGCUCUGAUGUCGCUGCGCAGCCACAGACUCGACAACGCCACGUGCUUGGAAGACCACGUGAUCGCCUCGGCCAAUCGCGUGAGCCUCGAUCUCAGGCACUCCGCUUUCGAAUCGAGAGUCGACGCGAACGCGCGCUUUAUACACGUGGGCCGUGAUCAUGGAAUCCCCGGAUACGUCGAGUUCGUAGCCGAUUGUUCCGGACACAACGUGACCAUCCAAAAUUUCAUGGAUUUGGAGCAUCUAAUGCAUCCAGUGCACGCGGGGCUCUUGGAAUCCGUAUACUCGCGGGUGGAAGAUAUAGAUUUGCUGCUCGGUGGAAUUUUAGAAAUUCCUAGAAGGGGUGCAACGGUAGGGCCGACGUUCGAAUGCCUUCUCAAGAGGCAAUUCAUCAAGACGAGAAACUCUGAUCGAUUCUGGUACGAGAAUGACAUCCCACCGUCCGGACUGAAUCCAAUUCAACUGGCUGAAAUUAGAAAAGUUUCUCUGGCCGGUAUCCUGUGUGCCAACACGAAGAUCGAUAAGAUUCAACCGAAAGCGUUCAUACAGCAGGAUCCGUAUCUGAACGCGAGGAUCAAUUGCGACCAGCACAGUGUACUCGACAUCUCUCCUUGGCGAGAAGAGCCGCUUCCAGAGCCGGCCAAGGAGGUAGUGAUUGGCAGCAGAUCAGCGAUCCCUGAAUUCAUCCCAGAACUGAGCCCGAGUUUAAUAGCAGCAGCCGUGAAGAAAGCUGAAGCAGACUUGAUCGAGAGAAAACAAUUGGAGUACAAUUCGUGGCUGCAGCAGAGAAUAGCGGAUCCCAAAUCUCCGGCUGGAACGGCUGCCAGCUUCUCGAAAGCGAACAGGGAUGCCCUCCUGUUGGCAAAUUCCUCCAUCAUGUACGAGUUGGCCACCAAUGAAAUUUUGAACGGGAUACACGGGCUAAAGCGCAAGAAACGACAGAUCUUCGACACCACGGACAACAUACUGGGCUUUCCCAACAACGAUUUCUCGGAUCUGCUGCAGAACGUGGACAUUUCCGGAUUCCUGUCCCAAAAGAAGCCCACGAAUCACGACGAAGUCGAGUGCCCCGUGGACGAUAGCCCCUGCGACCCAACCUCUCCGUACAGAACCCUCUCGGGCCACUGCAACAAUCUACGCAAUCCCAACUUGGGCAAAUCGUUGACAACGUUCGCCAGGUUGCUGCCUCCGGUCUACGAAGACGGGGUGUCGAAGCCGAGAAGCACCUCCGUGACAGGGGUGCCUCUACCAAACCCCCGAGUGAUCUCCACGGUGAUCCACCCCGACAUCUCCAACUUGCACAAUCGAUACACUCUGAUGGUAAUGCAGUUCGCCCAAUUUCUGGACCACGACCUCACCAUGACGCCUAUCCACAAAGGUUUCGCCGAGUCUAUACCCAGCUGUCGUUCUUGCGACUCGCCCAGAACGGUUCAUCCCGAGUGUAAUCCCUUCCCAGUGCCACCUGGCGACCAUUACUAUCCCACGGUGAACGUGACGUCGGGCGCGCGGAUGUGUUUCCCAUCUAUGAGGUCGCUGCCCGGCCAACAGCAUCUCGGGCCGAGGGAACAAAUUAAUCAGAACACCGCCUUUCUCGAUGGAUCCGUGGUCUACGGAGAGAACACUUGCAUCUGCAACAUACUUCGUGGCUUCAACGGUCGCAUGAACAUCACUCAGAGCCCCCACAGAGGGGCCAAGGAUCUCCUGCCUCAGUCGCCCACGCAUCCCGAGUGCAAAGCCAAGUCCGGUUACUGUUUUAUCGGCGGAGACGGGCGAGCCUCCGAGCAGCCUGGGUUAACCGUCAUGCACACCAUGUGGGUGCGCGAGCAUAAUAGAAUCGUGGAGGGAUUAAGGCAGAUCAACCCCCACUGGGACGGCGAGAAACUGUUCCAACAAUCUCGACGCAUAAUCAGCGGGAUGCUACAGCAUAUCACGUACAAUGAAUUCCUGCCCCGGAUACUCGGCUGGAACGCUGUCACUCUCUACGGAUUGAAACUGUUGCCGCAAGGCUACUACAAAGAAUAUUCUCCCACCUGCAACCCGAGCGUGCUCACCGAAUUCGCUUCGGCGGCGUACAGGAUCGGUCACUCGUUGUUGAGGCCGCAUCUGCCGAGAAUGGAUCGCAACUAUCAGAACAUGGAACCGUCCAUCCUGCUCAGAGACGGUUUCUUCGACCCGGAUGUGCUCUAUCAGUCGAACAUGAUGGACGAAAUGACGCGAGGAUUGGUCGCCACCCCUAUGGAGACUUUGGAUCAAUUUAUAACCGGUGAGGUGACCAAUCAUCUGUUCGAGAUCCGCGGAAUACCGUAUUCUGGAAUCGACCUGGUUGCUCUUAACGUUCAUCGUGCCAGAGAUCACGGUAUACCCUCGUACAACAAUUACAGGGCUCUGUGCAAUCUGAAAAGAGCGACCACUUUCGAAGAUUUGUCGAGGGAGAUGGCGCCAGAGGUGAUAGCUCGGAUGAAACGCAUCUACGCUUCCGUGGACGACAUCGACUUGUUCCCAGGCGGGAUGAGCGAGAGGCCUCUUCAAGGUGGAUUGGUGGGGCCCACGUUCGCUUGUAUAAUCGCGAUACAGUUCAGGCAGGCGAGGAAAUGCGAUAGAUUCUGGUACGAGACCGACGACCCGAAUAUCCGCUUCACCGAGCACCAGCUCGCCGAGAUUCGUAAAUCCACCUUGUCCAAGGUUAUGUGCGAGAACAUGGACAAUCAGAACGACAUGCAGAGGGCGGCGUUCGAUCUGCCGAGCAAUUUUCUGAAUCCGCGAGUCCCUUGCGGCUCGAUGCCGCAAAUGGACCUGACUGCGUGGAGAGAAACGAGGCACGGUUGCCAGAUCGGAGGAAGGAACGUUGCUCUUGGAGAGUCUGGCUUCCCCACACCUUGCACCAGCUGCGUUUGCACCGCCGAAGGCACUCAAUGCGCUUCUCUGAGGAUUACCGACUGCAAUCAGCUCUUACGCGAAGCUUCUCGCGAGGCAAUUCUACGCGAUGACGUGUGCACGGCUCAGUGCGGUUUCGUUUUGGCAGCGACGGAAGCUUCCUCGAGACUUCAACAAUUUACCACGCCGACCAGUUUCCCCGGUUUCGUGUCGCACAGAAAUAGUUUGAGAAGCGCGCCGACGCCAGUUUCGUUCAACGGAUUCAAGUUGCCCGAUCUGUCGCAAUUCAUAGGUUGAGCGGUGGAAAGAAACGUUAACAAAGACUUCUCUCCUAUAACUGGUUGCUUACUAACUAUCACACGCAAGAGAAUCACUGUCUUCCUUCCGAGAGAUCGUACAACGACAGUGAUGUUAAGGUUUUUUAACGAGCUGCACUCAUCGUAAAAGGUUGAACAAUUUUUUUGUAAGGAAUACGAGUCAAGAAUCACGGUGAAUGUGUUAUGCGCGCGAAGAGAGGUUAAGAAGUUAAUAUGUAUUAAGAUUCGCUCAUGUAUUAUAUACUCGACUGGAAAUGUUUUAAAUAUUUCAUUUUGUAACGAAUACCUCUCUCUUUUUCUUUUGUUUUUCUUGUUAUGUUUAGUACUAUUUUGUAGAUUGUAAGAAGUAUUUAAUUUAUAUUUUAUAUAUAUAUAUAUAAUAAAUAUAUAUAUAUAUAUACAUAAGUAAGAAGGUGUACUGGAAUAAGGAAAGUCAAAAGAGGUCGGUACACGAUACUACUUGUAUAAAACUGUCAUUGCCAGUUUGAAGGAAAAAUUGUGUACAGUGAUCUCGUAGUACGUAAUUGCUGUGUGAGGAAAAAGGACUUUAAUAAAUUGUCACGGUAUUGUGACGUUUGUUAGACAAAAGGAAUAAAAAUGUGAAUAAUAGGCGAAUGAGUGAUAUGUAUAUUAAAAAAGUUGCGCUAGCAGUGGCCCAAAUAAAUCCUUUUUAUACUUGUAUAGUAAUGUUAACGCGAAAAUAACAAAUGCGAACACAAAAUUUAA